AUGUCAAAACAUCUAUUUUACAGACGUCUAUUCAAAGAAUAUAAAGAAUUACAAAAAGAUGCGUUACCAGGUAUCAAGUUAGUUAGUCAUGAAGAAGAUUUAACAAAUUUCAUAUUUCGGGUAAAAGCUGAUCAUAAGACCACUAUUUAUCCCGAUUCAGAGAUCUAUCAUUUAAAUAUCAAGAUCACGCCAGAUUAUCCCGUUGAUUCUCCGUCAGUAAAGUUCAUACUAUAUAAAGCUAAACAAGAAGUGAUUGAUUUAACUACAGAUGAUGAUGAUGAAGAUGAAGAUGGAGAUGAUGACGCUGUCGAAUCAGUGAUUGAAAAUGGUGAACCCAAAAUUCCCAUUCAUCCGCAUAUCUAUUCUAAUGGUCAUAUUUGUUUAAAUCUAUUAGGAGAAGAUUGGAGUCCUGCAUGUUCGAUUGAAACGAUUGUAUUAAGUAUUCAAUCGAUGUUAAAUACGAAUAAUAAAAACGAAAGACCACCCGAUAAUGCUUCGUAUGUUAGUCAUGCACCCAAAGAUCCAAAGUUAUCAUCGUUUGCGUAUCAUGAUGAUACGGUAUAA